AUGGGGGUCAAAACUGAUUUCAAACCCGAGUAUGGAGAAAGACGUACUCCCUUGCCUCCAGGGCCUUGGAAUUUUUCAAGAGCAGAGAAGAGAGCGAUUCAAGACUUCUUGGCCUUAAAUCAUGAUUGUCAUACCUUGAUGCAACAAUUGCUCCUUGUGGCAAUUCGUUUUGUUUUGGAGAAGCCUGCAAGAUAUAUGAAAGUGCUAAAGGGGUAUAUUCAAAACCAUAUUCGUCCCGAAGGUUGCAUUGCUGAGCGGUAUAUAGCUAAAGAAGCUAUAGAGUUUUGCACCGAGCAUUUAUCUGAUGUUAGUACAGUUGAAGUGCCAUCAAGCCAGAAGAUGGGAGUUUCAAAGCCAUUAUCAGGUUGCACAGUGAGCUUAGUUGAUCGGGACUCGUUGAACCAGGCAAAUCUAUAUAUCUUGGAGAAUACAGAGGAAGUCCUACCUUAUAUCGAAGAACAUAUGAUCCACAUCAAGACCACUUAUCCAAAAUUUAGAAAGAAAACAAAGUGGCCGCAAGAUAAGCACAAUAGCACUUUCAUUCAAUGGCUACACUUUAAGGUUCAAAGUGAACUUAAUGGGGAAGAAAAUAAUGGCGUAUUAGAAAAUUUGAGGUGGCUAGCAGCUGGUCCAAGCAUGGCAGGCCAUCAUAUAGGAGCUAUCUUAUUAAUGGUGUAA